AAUAAAAAAAAUUUCUUCAAAUCUUCUUUGCACCGCGCACCGUGUUGAUAAUAUGUCCAAUGAUCAAUCUGAACAAUUGCGUACAAGAGAACAAGUCGAACACAUCAUUGAGGAAAUGCCAAGAAAACUCAGUCUUGACAGAUUAAGUGAAGGUCCCACAAACCUUCCAAACGAAAUCUUGGAAGAACUGAAGAACAGCUCGUCCAUCAAUUUACAAAAGAACAUCAAAGAAUUUGUCAAGAACCUUCCAAAGUACGACGGCAGUGAAUGGACCAACAGUGGAAUUUUCAACAAAGAGUUCCACAGAGAGCUUAAAAGGAAAACUGUGGAUGCCCUCCAAAGCACAAGCGCAGUAUACAAAGGAGCUGAUCGACCUAUCAUCGCGGGAAGAGCAGCAACAGGCCUUUACGAAGAAUGCCAACAUUUCCUGGAAUCAGGAGGAAGUGAACAACGAUUCUUUCACAUCAUGGAAGGCAUCCGACAACUCGCAGGUUACUCAUAUGCCAUGAGUAAGGCAUCAAAAGUAAAGCUAGGAUAA